AAACUGACAUCAUAACUAUUUCGUGAAAUGUAGCUGAAAACAAACCGAUUUCAGUCGCUCCAUUUUCAAAACUUCCAAUUUCCCCCAAAUAUGGCGUCUCCGCCCGAUUCUCGCUCCGGCGCCGGCGGAAAAAUGGUCACCAACCGUCGGCGGCAGCGCCUCGCCGCUACGCCGUACGACCGCCCGCUUCCUAGUCCCUCGCUUAAAAGCCCUAAUUGGCUCACCGGUGUCGUUAUACCCUCCGCUCGCGCCCUAGCUUCUGGCGCCGGGAAAUUCAUCUCCUCCGCCAUCUUCUCCGACUCGGAAUCCUCCUCUUCCGAAGAUUUCGACUCCGCUUCUGAGGAUGGUGCUGACAACAUUAAUGAGUAUGAAAGCCCACGUGAUGGAGUCAAUGCAUUGAAUGAGGAGAAACUGACUGGAGGAGAAAUGAAGGAAUAUGGACGAGAGUCUCAGCUCAGUAUGCAGAGAUCUGAAACCAAGUGGCUAAUCGAGCAGCUCAUUAUGCAGGAGAAUUUUUCAAGGGAAGAGUGUGAUAGGCUGACUAAAGUUCUUCAUUCACGAGUUAAUCACUGGUCGGUCGAAACAGGGGAUAAAAGAUCAAUUGCAAAUUCCCCUCGGAAAACUGAUGAAGAAGAUCCGUAUAUUCUCAAUAAGGCUGUUCAGGAAGCUAGAAACUGGUUUCAAGAGAAGAAAGGGGGGUCCAGUUCGGUGGCAGAGUUUGCACACGGAACUUGUAAUCUUAACUCUGCUGCAAUUGACCAUAUGGAAAUUGGAGCUGGUUCCCCUGUGGAUAUGGCCAGAUCUUAUAUGAAGGAAAGGCCUCCUUGGGCAUCUCCAACAGAACAUGUUGAAUUGAGAACCCCGUUGACUACAACUAUGAAGCUUUUCAAGGAACGAACGCCAUAUUCAGUUACUGAAGAUAUUUUGUCAUCAUCACAGAGACGGAGUUCUCUUGCAUCUGAGUCCUGGAAUAUCCAGGAAGAAUUGCGGAAAGUGCGCUCAAAAGCAGUCGAAGAUAUGCUGCGCACACCACCUGCUAAAUAUGAUUCAUCGUUUUCAAUUGCAGCAACUAAGGAGGAGUCCAUGGGAGCUGGUGGUGUUGGAGAAGAAAUAUUUAAGUCACACUUUUUUUGGAAAACAAAGCCCAUAGAUGCUUUUAUGGAUGUUGGAGUGAAUGCUGAUCCUGCCCUUGUAGCUUUAGAAUCCAGACAAGAUGCUAAGGGCAGUGAAACACCAUCAUCACAUCCAGAUGCUUCAGCUUCUGAAAUUAUUAAGGAUCCAGAAACAAUUCCAAAUGAUGGCGUGCAUGCUCCAUCUAAGCUCUCACACCCUACCAGUCCUGUUCACACCGACCAGCAUUCCGCCGAUCCACAUGCAGCUAAGAUUGGUGGACCUCCAGAAACCGGGGUAGCUGAACCUGGAGGAAGUCCGUGUACAAAUGGUUUCACACCAGCUCAAGCCAGUUCUCCAGAAGCAGUUGGCGCACAGAACUCAAAGCAAUACGACGUGGAAAACCAUAAUGAUGCUGCAAGCAACAAGAACAUGCCAACAAAUGGUACCACCAACAUGGAUGGCAACUGCGAGCUUCUCACUGAAGCCGACAUGGAAGUACCUACCGUCACAGAAACCGAGAGCAUAAACAGCGGUUCUCAUAUUAGCGUGGACAUGCAAAAUGAAGAAUCACAACUCGAGACGACUCAGCCAUCCGCAGAGGAGAAGCCAGAGGUUGUGAUGACUGCCAAGCAGCAAGCAAAAAAAGUGGGUAGAACCACUAGAAGAAGCAACCGAACUAAAGGUAAAUGAUGGAGCUUCGCUUGCUGUUUUAGAGCAGUUUAUGUUGUAACUAUCAAGAGAUAGAUCUCCCACUGUUUGCUGGUUUAGGAUUAUAUUCUAGGUGUUGCACUUUAGGACCAUAGAUCGUUCGAGUUAAUUUAUGAAAAAAAAGCCUGUAGUUUUUUCUUAGAACAGAGAUUAUUGCUCAACUAGGGAUCUGUUUGAAUGUGAAAUCUCUCUGUAAAAUGGUGUUUCAUUUUAUCUGAUAUGCCAUGCUCUGUUUAUUUGGGUAA